UCUGCUAAAGUGUGGAAAGCUGUAGAAAUGACUUUCCUACAUAAUGGUAGAUCUUAGACCAGUGGUCCUUUGCUGCUUUUCCCCUCCCGCGCCAAGUGGUGGAUGAAACAGCUGGGGGGAGGAGAACAGAUUUCUGAGAAGGGGCGUGGUCGGAAGCGGGCUUUGUGGGGGCGUGGUCGGGGCGUGGCUCUACUCUGGGCUGGACCGUGUGGCUCCGGAGCGCCUGCGCAGAAAGGUGCGUUAAGAUGGCGGUCGCUGGAGACGACGGCUGCUCGGCGAUGGUGGUGUUUCUCUGAGAUGAAAUACAUAAAACCUUUAAUUUCAGAAAUUCAAUGGAAUUAUAAUUGGAACUACUCUGCAAUGUCUCUACUUGAUAGGCAAAGUGAGGGCAGACAAAGUGGAGAACAAGAGAGAUAUCUGCAAGCCAACAACAGGGAAUUUAACAGUCUGUUUGGAUAUCCGAACAAUAGCAUCAAGACCUCAAAAUAUAAUGCCUUAAACUUCUUGCCUAUGAACCUAUUUGAACAGUUCCAGAGACUUGCAAAUGCGUAUUUCCUCAUUUUGCUUUUCCUACAGUUGAUUCCCCAGAUCUCCUCCUUGGCAUGGUACACGACUGUGAUACCCCUGAUGGUGGUGCUAUCCAUAACAGCGGUGAAAGAUGGCAUCGAUGACAUGAAAAGGCAUAAAAAUGACAAUCAAGUCAACAAUCGUUCUGUUCUGGUGCUGAUGAAUGGCAGAAUAGUGACAGACAAAUGGAUGAAUAUCCAAGUGGGAGAUAUAAUAAAACUAGAAAAUAAUCAGCUUGUCACGGCUGAUAUACUAUUACUCUCUAGCAGUGAGCCCUACAGUCUGACGUAUAUAGAGACAGCCGAACUGGAUGGUGAAACCAACCUGAAAGUGAAACAAGCCAUCUCAGUUACCAGUGACAUGGAAGAUAACCUGAAGCUGCUGUCUGCCUUCGAUGGAGAAGUGAGAUGUGAGUCUCCCAAUAACAGGUUGGACAGAUUCACAGGAACACUGACUUAUAAGGGAAAAAACUACAUCCUGAACCAUGACAGGCUGAUUUUCCGAGGUUGCGUCAUUAGGAAUACUGAUUGGUGCUAUGGCUUGGUGGUUUUUACUGGGCCAGAUACCAAAGUAAUGCAGAAUGGUGGAAAGUCUGCCUUUAAACGGACACACAUAGACCAUCUCAUGAAUGUCCUUGUGCUCUGGAUUUUCCUGUUUUUAUGCGGCAUGUGUUUUAUCCUAGCAAUUGGGCAUUACAUUUGGGAGAACAAGAAAGGCUACUACUUCCGGGAUUUUCUGCCAUGGAAAGAAUAUGUCUCUUCAUCAGUUGUCUCUUCCGUCCUAAUAUUCUGGUCCUACUUCAUUAUUCUCAACACCAUGGUGCCCAUUUCUCUCUAUGUCAGUGUUGAGAUAAUAAGAUUGGGCAACAGUUUCUAUAUCAACUGGGAUCGGAAGAUGUUUUAUGAACUAAAGAACACACCAGCGCAGGCUCGCACCACCACCCUUAAUGAGGAGCUCGGCCAGGUCAAAUAUGUGUUCUCCGACAAAACAGGGACCCUGACUCGGAACAUCAUGACUUUCAGCAAGUGUUCUAUUAAUGGGAAAUUCUAUGGUGAUGUCUAUGACAAGAACAGACAGAAGGUGGAAAUCUCGGAGAAAACGGAAAAAGUCGAUUUCUCCUACAACAGACUGGCUGAUCCUAAGUUUUCAUUUUAUGACAAGACUUUGGUGGAAGCAGUGAAAAGGGGAGAUCGCUGGGUACACUUGUUUUUCGUGUCACUCUCGUUGUGUCAUACUGUGAUACCAGAAGAGAAGGUAGAAGCUGUGUUCAACAAAGUGCAGCCAGCCUUAUGCAGGAGCACUUUAUGUAGGACCAUCUCCAUGAGAUAUACCCAGGAGAUCUGUGAAAGUUCAAUUUCCUGGGCCGUCCUCCCAGAUUUUGUGAUUCUGUGUUCAGUAAGUUUGGGGAGGGCCCAGGAACCUGCAUUUUUAACAACCCUCUCCCCCCACCUCCACCCCGCUGAGCCAUCUUUACCCACUAAAGUUGGAGAGUAACUGACCU